UUCUUUCAGGGAGAGAGAAUGACUCGUAUGCUUCUGCAAGAGCCGGGAUGGAAGAUGGAGCGCAAGGGAUCGGCGUUGCUGUUGAGGAGGGACAGCUCGCAUCUGAAGAGCGGCCGCGUCUGUUUCCGGUGCGACGUCGAGGUCCGUGAAUUCGAGCGUGACGAGGAUUACACGAUCGAGGCGGAACCGGAGGCAGCUGCCAGCCCCUUGGCAAUGUGCGCCAGUUGUUUGGCGGCGCUCUGCGUGACCGUGAUUCUGCCGUGGCUGUUGAUCGGCGGUUAAACGCGCCUCGCUCCAACUCACCAUCUUUGGGGAGGGGUUGGCGGGUGGUGGUCUCUGGGAAAACGGAAGUCAUCCGAGGGAGAAGAGAAGGGAGAGGUUUUUCCACGCUGGUGGAAAAUUCGAAGGAAGUCGAGAUGAUGGGAGAGGAAUCGAUCGAAUUUCGAAUUCCUCCCGAUUCGAGAUUUUAUCGUCACCCGAGGGAGGAGGAUUCAGGGAAGUGGAUACGGUAGAGUUUCGUUCCAUUCGAAAAUUACAAAAAUCGAAUCCCUGUGAACGUUAUUCCAGGAAAUUUGAAGUUUUCUUUUUUUUUCUCUCUCUUUUUCUCUUUUUCUUUUCCUUUUUUCGAGGACAAAUCGAAAUAUGUAUACUUUCUUCGAGUUUUGUUCGUGCACGGCGUGUGUAGGUUAGUUCGCUCUCUGCACUCUCGGAUCGAAAGCACGGGGGAUGAAAGUCGACGUUUUUUCGUUUUCGUUUGAAAAAAAAUGUAAAUUCGAAUCUUUCUCUAACUCAGAGAGACAUUACGCGUCUUCUCGUUAUAUCGAUUGUAUACGAUCCUCGACGAAGAAAGAAAAAUUCCUACGUGUUUUCGAAAGGAGAAACAUUAUUUUUCAAACGAUGAACCGAUUACGAUUUCGUUCCAAAAGACAAGCUUUAUUGCUUUAUAUUUAUUCGUUGAUCCGCGUCGUUUGCUUCAAAUGCGUAGCAAAAUGCACAUCUCGAGGGAGAGGCACGAUGGACUCGUGUGUGUGGAUCGAGUAGAUCCGCGAAAGUCGAAGGGAAAAUCGGUCUUACUGCAUGGACUUUCUGCAUAGAUAUGUGAAAUUGGGAAAACAUCAAAGGAA